GGUGAGAGAAAACUGGCCGUUCCCGCUGCGCGCUUUCCCACCCGCCGGCCGCCGCUGCCCACUAUUUACGCCCCGGCCCCGAGAGCGACCGGCACUAGCGCAGCGCCGCUGCGCGUGCGACCGGAAUAAACAACACGACGCCCACGGCCCGAGCCGCGGCGCGCGAGGUGGGGGGAGAGGGAGAGCAGAGUGGGCGGGGCGCACGGGGACCGAGAGAAAACCGGCGGGUGCCGGGCCGCCCGCGCCGGUGCCGAGGCAGGAGGACUCUCCUCUCCUGCCCGUCUGGCCCCGCUGAGCUGAGCUCCCCGCCGCCACCGCCCGCCGCCCGCCGCCCUCUCGCGAUCCUUCCGUUUCCUCUCUCCCACCCCGCUUUUAACGCCCGCCUCCGUCCUCCCUCUCUCCCUCUCCUCUUCGAUCGCCGCUGCGGUCUCGUGCCGUGCCCGCCCCCGCGUCCUCCUCUCGUCCUCGUUCCCAACCGCAGCGCUCUCGCCCGCUGGAUCUGGGCGCGGGGCGCUGCUCCCUAACGGAUUGAUGGCGCGGGCGGCGCUCGGAUUGGGCGCGGCCGCCCGCGCGCUCGCGCUCCUCGCCGUCGCCUCAGUGGCGCUGCUUCCACUCGUCAGCUCCGACGACGGGUACAGGCACUGCGAGGGGGUCGUCAGGGGCUGGGCGUAUUCCUCUACGGGGCGCGACAAGGAUGGGGACAAGAUGAGCCUCAAGGAUUUGCUCUUCUUCCUCCACAUUCCUCGGACCGGAGGCCGCACCUACUUCCACUGCUUCCUGAAGAAGCUGUACACAAACGCGCAGGAAUGCCCGCGGUCUUACGAUAAGCUGCGGUUUGACCCAAGCCAUCCUGACUGCAAGCUGGUUGUCAGUCAUGAUGACUAUAGCUUAACUUCCAAGCUGCCAAGGGAGAGAACUUCCGUUGUAACAAUACUGAGAAAUCCAGUUGAUCGUGUAUUUAGCACAUAUGAGUUCUCAGUUGAAGUUGCAGCUAGAUUCCUUGUGCACCCGAACCUAACUUCUGCAAAGUUAAUGACUACCCGUGUGUUAACAAAGUCUCGUGCUGUAAGUACUUUGGACAUCUGGCCUUGGAAGUACUUGGUUCCAUGGAUGAGAGAAGAUCUGUUUGCCAGGAGAGAUGCCAGGGGGAUUGACAAAGUGCAUAGUAGCAAGAAGGUUAAUGCAUAUGAUGUGGAGGAUAUGGUUAUGCCGUUACACCAGUACAUCAAUGAUCCAGUUGCCCAUGAAAUCAUUCAUAAUGGCGCUACCUUUCAGAUUACUGGGCUAACAAACAAUUCAUACUUUGAUGGAGCACACGAGGUUCGACAUUGUGUCAGACAACAUCCAGAUCUUGGUCGUAUUGUGCUUGAAGUUGCUAAGAAUAGGCUGGACCAAAUGCUGUAUGUAGGACUCACAGAGGAUCAUGAAGAAUCUGCGAGGUUGUUUGCUCAUAUGGUAGGAGCACAGGUGCUUUCACAAUCUGGGACAUUGAACUUUGAUCUGAAGGAAGAUCUACCCAGUGAAAAUGACUCUCACCCAUCCAUGGUGGAGCCAGAGGAUGAAGAAACAAACAAACAUCUGAAUAGCACCCAUGGUUGGCAAACUAAUGAAGCCCUGAACUCCACCGACGAUGAACAAGGAAAAGGAAAUAUGACUGUUGGUAAACUGAUGGAAGCUUAUGAAACUUGCAUUGCUAAACUGCGGAAGUCUCAAUCUAACCGUCGUAAAAUAUCCCUAAAGAAAGUUGAGGAAGCAAACUUUUCAAAAGAGGCACGGAAGCUGGUACCAGAGACAAUUGUGAAGCAAAUUAUCUCUUUGAACAGCCUUGACAUGGAACUUUAUGAUCACGCUAAGAAAAUUUUUACCCAGGAACAUCUGAUGCUAAAAGCACAACAAUCCAUGGGCUGGACAGACAUCAUAUGCAGCGACGGGGUUUGCUCUCCUUGGAUGGUGGUCGUGCUUGGCCUAGGGAUCACAGUGAUCAUAGCUUUAGUCUCAUUUGCUGUAACGACGAGAAGAAGAACGUCAAAACUUAAGGUUUAACAAUGAUUCAUGAGGCAGUCUCUAGAUUUUUGAUGUACAGUCUGAUGAUGCCCCUAGACGUUACCCUUGGCAUUCUUUCGGGCAAAGACGGUAGCAUCCACAGAUUCAUCGUAUAUACUCCCAUCGGUGUUAACUGUUUAACAUGCCUCGUUGAUUGGAUGGCUUAUCAGGUCCACAGCCGUAGAUGCGAAAUCAACUGUAAAUUUACCUUGUAGCCCUAUCACUUGAAGGGGGAAAAAAAGGCUCCAAGGAUUAUCCAACGGCCGAUUGGAUGCAUCUUGGGUUAUUACGUGGUACA